CUGUUGUUGAAGAACUGGAGAGCAAACCGUUAACGAUCUAGCAUAAUGUGAUCUAGUAACUGCCUUUGUUAUUUGCAUUGCGUGUUUUGUAUUUCCGGAAGCGUGGCGCUAUGGCAUCAUUAUCAUUUGGUGUUCUCGCUUCCAGACAGAGUUAGUGGAGUCCCGUGGGACUCGGAAUCAAGAAUCGCUUUGCUGACGAGGGCCUGCAGCACCAGGUGUGACAGCGAAACGGCGAUGCAACAGACGUAGAGCCCUGACAUUGUCGAGGAAGAGGCCCCAAUUCUAAACACGUACGAGUCUAGAAGAGGAAAAAACCCUUGAUUGUAGAUCUCGAAGAGACCCGUAGCCGAGAAUGACUGUGCUGGCGAGGACCCUCAGCAAUUUAACCGACCGACUGGCACUUACAUCCACUUCCAGUCUUCUGUUUCCGUGGCCCGGCCAGGACUUCGUGAUGAAGCCGAAAGUGUGCUGGGAAGUGUAACCUGAAGCCCUCUUCACCUGAAGAACAAGAUUUUGUUGAAAAACAAAUCAGCAACAGUGCUCUUGGUUUUUCUUUAAUGCUAAUUGUAUUACAAUCUGCCACAACGGCUUAGCUAGGAAAGUUGUAGUGUGAGUGAGAGAGAUUUUUCUCCCUCCUUUGAAAACUAUCAGAACAUUUUUUAACCACCGCACCGAUGGACAAACGGAAGAUGUUGUCGAAACGUCCUCGCAUCGAUAACCUGCGUGGCCCCAUUGCUAAUGGUCCCAUGCAGGCUAGACCUUUGGUGGCAUUACUUGAUGGACGGGAUUGUUCCAUAGAGAUGCCCAUUUUAAAAGAUGUGGCCACAGUUGCCUUUUGUGAUGCACAGUCCACAUCAGAAAUACAUGAAAAGGUCCUAAAUGAAGCUGUCGGAGCCCUCAUGUGGCAUACGAUUAUUCUCACAAAAGAAGAUCUAGAGAAAUUCAAGACAUUGAGAAUUAUUGUCCGUAUUGGUAGCGGAGUUGAUAACAUAGAUGUUAAGGCCGCAGGUGAACUUGGUAUUGCUGUGUGCAAUGUCCCUGGAUAUGGCGUAGAGGAAGUAGCUGAUACUACGCUAUGUCUGAUCCUCAACUUGUAUCGUCGAACCUACUGGCUAGCCAACAUGGUUCGGGAAGGCAAGAAAUUCACAGGGCCUGAACAAGUACGAGAAGCAGCUCAAGGCUGCGCUAGAAUACGUGGAGAUACUCUCGGUAUUGUUGGACUCGGUCGCAUUGGAUCUGCAGUGGCUCUUCGAGCCAAGGCAUUUGGUUUCAAUGUUAUCUUCUAUGACCCUUACUUGCCUGACGGAAUUGAGAAAUCACUUGGUCUGACUCGAGUCUACACAUUGCAAGACUUGCUUUUCCAGUCAGAUUGUGUGUCACUUCACUGCACACUCAACGAACAUAACCAUCACCUUAUCAAUGAGUUCACCAUCAAGCAGAUGAGGCCAGGAGCAUUUUUGGUGAACACUGCACGAGGGGGCCUAGUGGACGAUGACUCUCUAGCCGCUGCUCUCAAGCAAGGACGAAUCCGUGCAGCAGCUUUGGACGUGCAUGAGAACGAACCAUACAAUGUAUUUCAAGGUCCAUUGAAGGAUGCCCCAAACCUACUGUGCACACCACAUGCUGCUUUUUACUCCGACGCGUCAUGCACAGAGCUUCGUGAAAUGGCAGCGAGUGAGAUACGGCGUGCCAUUGUGGGAAGGAUUCCCGAUUGUCUUCGCAACUGCGUCAACAAGGAGUACUUCCUCAGCACUACAGGAUAUCCUGAAGGAAUCAAUGGAGGCUACUAUGCAGGAGCUCUCCCUGUUCAGCAAGCCCAUUCUACCACACCUCAUGAUCAGGUGCCUCAUUCUGUGGCAGCUGGAGGAGGUGGCGCUGGGACUGCACCGGGUGGGGCUGCAGGUGCAGUUGCUGGAUUACAACAUAGCAUACCCCCACUCAGCACUCCAGACCCAUCUAAUCAUCACUCGCAGAAGCCCGAAUCAUCUGAGGUGCACUAACACCAAGUUGUCAUGUCUCGAAAGAAGAAGUAAUCCCUGAAAUCAGUAACCCCAACAUCUCUUCCUGGGAUAAUCUUUGCCCAGAGAGCUACAAAGAUGAUGGAAAAAUGAAGAUUUUCUAGAAGGAGAUAUCAGAGCUGCUGAACAAAUGUGUCAAGAUUCGUUAAAUCUUACAUUUCAUAUUGGUUUAAUGGUAGAACAUAGCAAGAAGGAAAACUUUUUUUCAGUGAGUCGACCUAACACAGAAAGGUGGAAUGGAAGUGCUUUUUUUUAUUACUACUAUUAUUGCAAACAAGUACAAACAAAACUCCCCACUGGACAUUGUUGUUGGAUGUGCCACUGUUUCCUGCCAACUUUCGUUUUCUCCCUCACUUGUCCACAUUGAGGAUUUGGCUUCCAUUUUCAAAAAUAGGUCUUACAUUCUGCUGGGUGAGUGGAUUGCAUAAUAUUGGGACUGUGUCCUGUAUGUUUAAUCAGAGCCCAUGUUUUAUAUAUCUUGGUUUCAGGGCUCACAUCUGGCAAGACAAGACUUGUAGUCAUUACAGUUUUAGUUUGAUACAGACUCUUGCCACUUCUUUUGUAUAUAUAGAAGUUUAAUCAAAAAUAAUAUUGCGAAAAUUUCAACCCAGAAUUACUUUUUUCCUAUUGCUUAACAAAUAUGACUCCAGAGAGUUACAUGGCAGCCAGUGAUACGAUAGAAGUCACUUCAGAGGACGUAGAAUUGUAGCAGAAUGGAUGGACUAUAGGGGCUGCCUUGGUAUUAGACCAAGUGGAGUGCUACUUAAGUUCACAUUGAUAUCUGACUUGAAUUUUUAGUUCCCACUGUAAUUCUCUAAUAUCUGAAUUACCUUUAUUGUUCCAUGUUUGGGCAGUUAAUAACUCUUGUUUGUCAUUUGAAGUUAAGUCGCUUACUGCAGGCAUAAACUAGGUGAAGAGCAGUGGAGGCCACAUGUUGCAUUAUUAAUUGAUGAAAUUUUAUGUGAAAUAGAAUUAUAUUUGUGAAAAUGGUAAGUUAGCUGCAUAGUGGUCCAGUAACAAAAGGUUUAGCCAUUGCGUCUAUAUUGGGAAAGUGGUUAAUGGAUUUAAGUUGAAUGACUGGAGCUGUUCGAUUUCUCUGGUCAAAAAAUCUCCGUUAAAAAAAAUGAAAGGAGAAGACUGAUGUUUUACAAGGAUCCUGUUAUGUAUUGUAUUUUUUU